UAUGUAUUGCCGCUUCGGAAGUGAUUUCCCGUGAUCCAACGAAUGCAACAUUUGAUAAUAUCGUGGAAUACCUCAUCAAAAAAGCGCCCAAUGCCAAAGGAGCAGUGGUGUUUGCCUCCGAGACAGACGUUAGAUGGUUACUUGAGGCAGUGAGGCGUGCUAAUAAGACCAAGCAUUUUAUCAUGAUUGGAAGUGACGACUGGGGUACGAAACACAAUGCAGUGGAGACGCAGGAACAAGCAGCAGAGGGCGCUAUAACUCUUUUACCAGCUAGGACACCAGACAAAGGUUUCGACAGUUAUUUCACAUCUCUGAACCCGUUGAAUCACAGCAACUUCUGGUUCAAACAGUUUUGGGAGAGGACCUUCCACUGUUCAUUCAACCCGAUCAGGGUCAAACGUGAAGAGGCUUCGUUCGUUCCCACUGCCCAAACUAUAACCGAAUGUACAGGGACCGAGGUUCUGACGCCAGAGGUUUACGAACAGGAAGGUAAAGUGGCGUUUGUCAUUGAUGCCACCUACGCACUAGCCCAUGCCCUGCACAGGAUGCAACGAGAGCUGUGUAACGGGACGGACGGGAUAUGUAGUACGGUGACCCAAGGUGUUGACGGCGCAAAGUAUCUCAACUAUCUCAAAGACAUUGCUUUCGAAGGUAGCAGUGGUGAGGUACGGUUUAACAAAGAUGGCGACAGACCCGGAAGUUACGAUUUGUACCAGUACCAGAGGAUUGAUAAUCAUUACAAGUACGUGCCAAUAGGGUCAUGGAGAAGCGGAUUCCUAAGACUCAACACAACCAAUCUGAAUUGGGGAGACAAAUCACCAAGCAACCGGAUACCAGGAUCUGUGUGUUCAUUACCCUGCGCGCAAGACCACAUCAGGAAAAAGCGCGAAGGCGACGAAUGUUGCUGGGUCUGCACCAAAUGUGAGUAUCAGCAGUACCGCCACGAUGAAUGGACGUGCAGAAACUGCUCUCAGGGUUCACUCCCUAACGAGAACCGUACAGGAUGUGAUGAUAUUGUUAUUGAGUAUCUACACUGGUCGUCACCCUGGGCCAUUGUCCCCGUGGCCAUGUCUAUUAUCGGGAUUCUCAGUACCAUGUAUGUCAUUGCGGUGUUCGUCUACUACAACGACACACCGGUAAUACGAGCAUCAGGUCGAGAGCUGUGCUACGUACUUCUUGUCGGUAUCCUCCUCACCUUCAUCACACCCUUCACCAUCAUCUCUCGACCAUCCACCUUUACUUGCUGUCUCCGCCGCAUCAUCCUGGGGCUCUCUGUUGUCAUCUCCUAUUCCGCGCUCUUUACCAAAACAAACCGCGUCUACAGAAUAUUUAACAGCGGAAAGCGUUCUGUCAAGAGACCUCGCUACACUAGUCCACGGUCCCAGUUGGUCAUCUGCUCGCUUUUAGUAUCAGUCCAGGUGAUUGGUGUGGUCGUGUGGUUGAUACUCGUCCCACCACAAACUGAAAAACACUAUCCUUCGUGGAACAAAGUCAUUCUUGACUGUAGUGUCACAGACUUUGCAACUUCACUCUCGUUAGCAUAUGCAAUGCUUCUUGUACUUUUAUGCACAUUAUAUGCCUUCAUGACUCGUAAAAUGCCGGAAAAUUUCAAUGAAGCCAAAUUUAUCGCUUUUACAAUGUACACGACAUGCAUCAUGUGGUCGGCCUUUAUUCCAAUUUAUCUUGGUACUUCGGCAACAGAUUAUAAGAUUCAACAAAUGCUCCUGUGCCUCUCCAUCAUCAUCAGCGCAGCUGUGACUCUCGGCUGCAUAUUCGCGCCAAAAGUUUACAUCGUGGUACUUGCUCCCCAUAAAAACAAGAAACCGACGGGUACCAUGGUGAUGAAUAGUCGGGUCCGUUCGGCGUGUGGGUCAGCAGAAAACACUUGUAGACCCAAUGGCGAGAUGAAGCCACGCCCUGUUUUGACCACGGCGCCAACGUCGAAUACAACCUCAUCAGGUAUAGAGUUUGACUUCAAGGCUGCUGGUUCUGAUGAUGAACAAACACAUCUCAACAGACAAGACCUGCCAUCGACGGACGUCUGACACAGCCAUGCUUUUAUUUAUGACCAAAGACAAUUGAACCAAUUAAAAGUUGAUUAACCCCAACAAGUGUAUGAAUCAGACACUUUGAAUAGUGAAAUGAAAUAAAAAGACAAAAGACAUGUCGUUACAACGUGAGAACAUUUACUCACUCUGGAAAACUAUGACGUCGUAAUUAGGUUGAUGCCAUUGUGUGAAGGCGAUUUAAUGAUCAGCAGAGAUUAUAUACGUCUUGUGAAUUACCGGUGCUCGGGAUUAAUGAGUUUUUCCUACAUUCAUCAAUAUGUUUUCUCAACUAGAUUUUCUAAAAUUCUACAUAGCGGAUGUAUUUUUAAAUAUUUGAAUUAUCUUCUGCUGAAAUCAACUCCUUGCAACAUCAAUCUCGCCAGUAUUACGUAAAAUCAGCAUAUAUCUUUAUAGACGCCUGUACAACUGUCUCAUGUUUAUCUAAACACCAUGCAUUCUGACGUUUAGCAGCACAUUCGGAGGCAGUGGAUAUCCAAAUUUUGUUAGUAACGAAAAAUCAAUGAAAUAAUAAAAUUUUAAAGUGUAAAAUGAUCUCCAAAGACCAUGCUUUGGGAAUCAUGAUAGAGGAGAUUUCAUCCAUUCCACAUCUCAGCAGAUGAGCUAUCAGGACCAAGGGUUCACGAAUUGAUGUGGGAAAAUACGCUACCUGUUACCUGCUUGCCGUUCCAAACUACUGAGCAUUAUCAUUAUGAUUCACAAAAUAUCUCCAUACGUCAUCAGCAUGUUUCAACCAUAUAUUUAUAUGACUUUGGAAUUUUUUGGAAAUCUUAUACCCGCUUGAAUUAAACGCGUGUUCUAAGUGCCGAUUCCCUUACAGUUACAUACAGCGAAUCAGAUAGUCAGGUAUGUGAUUUGUGUAUCAAUCGCCGGAUUUGAGAUCAGAGAAUUGAAGAUCAGAUCUUCAAGGAAAGAAUUCGAACGUCUUCUCCAGUCAUGCAAGAAAUGUUGUGAAAAACGCUGUACCUUACAGGUAGGGCACCUGUGGUAUAAACUAAAGUGAUUAGCCUGUGUAAAAAAAAAAACAAGUGCAACAAAGACCGUCAAACAUGCACCAUCUACAUGACUUACAAUCUGAGUCUAAACAACAGCACUUUUCGUCAGAUUUCCUCGAUGUUGUCUGUACAUUUUUUUCUUUCUACGAGGGGAAAGACUGCCAUGGAAUAACCUUGGAAAAACUGGAAAUAUAUGUACUUUUUUGUUUCUUGUUUGGGGGUUUUAUCAAUCAUCUUGAGGUCAGACAGCACACUAUUAUAUGAUCUACGUUUCCAGGAAAAGAGACCAUCGUCAGUUGUUUCUACCUGCAAUCUGAAGUAAUGGCAGUGGAUAUUUAUUAAAGACUAUUCAUGUGUUAUGUCUCAAUGUUGCACAACUGUCUUCAUCUGAUCGAAUGUAAAUUGCAUUAUUUCUCUUUCACACAAAUUGUGACUUGGAUUACAACGAUGCUGUAUGUCUAAUAAUAAUUUAUCCCCAAUUUUACCGAGAGAAAAGAAAUUACGGACACGGGAAUUUCAGAUAGUGAAGAAACAAAGUUCAUAUGAACUUUACAAGAAUACUGAAAGUUGACGCUUGUGAAAUUAUUAGCUGUUCAUGAGGAUUUUGCCCCCCCCCCAUCUAUCUCUCUCUAUCUCGUUGCCAGUUGUUUUUAGUGUAAAAUUAUGUCAGCGAAAAGUUGAUGGAAAUCUCUCAUCUCUUUUGCUAGUUUCUAAUUAUUAUGAAUAUAAUUCUUAUAUAUUUCCAUUCAUUUUUCUGUCGUGUUGUCAAGCAAAAGGUCUCUUUCCCUUUUCAAUUUCAACUCCUCCCCUUUCUCUUUUGUCUUCUUCUAUUAUAGAAAAAAAUAAUAAUGUGGCAAUUUAUCUGUUGUCUGCAUGGCCUGUGAAUGGUUAUCUAUACGAGUUUGAUAACAUUCUUCUUCGCUUUUUUUUUCAUUAAUAUCGUUGUCACUCAAUCGGAAGUAGUUUCCGCCUGCCUGCAUUAACGCAUGCAUGAGUAUAAUGAAUUAGAUAUUACUCGAAUUAAUUCUAGUCGAGUAGCAACAACACAUUUGUUAGGAAAUUUUGAAUUUCGAGCCAACUAUUAUUGAUUGCUCAACCUUAUGUCAUAAAUGCAAGAAUGGAUGAAAGAAUUCUAAUUUGUUGCAAAACGUUAUCUUUAAUAUGUGUUUUCCACGAAUAAAAAAACCGUGCUGAGCCUGAGUGGUUCCUGUUACAACAUACUCGAUAAAUGUUAUUUCGUUUGGCAGCACGUUCACAGCGUACGGAUUUGGAUACAUUUGUCGUUAUGACGAAUGGAUGUAAAUAUAAUGAUGAACCAACUUUCACCACUUGAAAACAUAAUAUAUUAGCAUUAUAAUAUUCACCA